CACGCACGCAGAGAAGCUGCAGGAGAGAGAGAAAAAAAAGAAACAGGCGACAAAACCGGACGAAGGCAUGAACACAAGCCGCUGGACUCUACAGUGUGAAGGUUGUACGUGUUGAUGCAAAGCCGCUGUCCUUCAUCGCUCUAACUGGACAUCACAGCGGUGAUACUCCGGAUAUCCCACAUGGCUGUUGAAGAAGCGCAUCAUCCUGCAGGAGAGUGUAAACAGUGAAAUCAUUUGAUCCUCGCUGCGGAAAGGACCACUCGGUCUUACUGGGGACAAGGAGGAAGCAUGAAGUUUGCGGUGGCGGUGUUGUGGUUUUGCUUGGCUCUUGGGAAGGCUGCUGUGCAAGCCCAGGAGGACUUUAUAUCUCUGGCUGAGUUGGAAGACUCCUUAUUGAGAAACCUCUUCAAUGGUUACCAGAAGUGGGUGCGGCCUGUCCAGCAUGCCAACGACACUAUAACUGUACGCUUUGGACUAAAGAUCUCACAGCUGGUUGAUGUGGAUGAAAAGAACCAGUUAAUGACUACGAAUGUCUGGCUCUGGCAGGAGUGGAUUGAUGUGAAGCUGAAGUGGAACCCAGAUGACUACGGAGGUAUUACCUCAAUCAGAGUGCCGUCAGAGACUAUAUGGCUGCCUGACAUAGUUCUAUAUGAAAAUGCUGAUGGUCGCUUUGAAGGUUCCCUGAUGACCAAAGCCAUCGUGCGCUGGGAUGGGACUAUAACAUGGACUCCACCAGCGAGCUAUAAGUCCUCCUGCACCAUGGACGUCACUUUUUUCCCCUUUGACCGACAGAACUGCUCUAUGAAGUUUGGCUCGUGGACUUAUGAUGGAAACAUGGUGGACCUUGUCCUGGUGGAUCACUAUGUGGAUCGUAAAGACUUCUUUGACAAUGGAGAGUGGGAAAUCCUCAAUGCCACAGGAGUAAAAGGAAGUAGGAGGGAUGGGGUAUACUGGUACCCAUUUAUCACCUACUCUUUCAUCCUUAAGAGGCUGCCCUUGUUCUACACUCUGUUCCUUAUCAUCCCAUGCCUUGGGCUGUCCUUUCUUACUGUGCUGGUGUUUUAUUUGCCAUCAGAUGAGGGAGAGAAACUGUCUCUUUCCACAUCAGUGCUGGUGUCACUUACUGUGUUCCUGUUGGUCAUAGAAGAAAUCAUCCCUUCAUCCUCAAAGGUGAUCCCACUAAUUGGAGAGUACCUGCUCUUCAUCAUGAUCUUCGUCACCUUCUCCAUCAUCGUCACUGUCUUUGUUAUUAAUGUCCACCACCGCUCCUCUGCCACCUAUCACCCCAUGGCCCCAUGGGUGAAGAGCCUCUUUCUUCAGAGACUGCCUCGACUGCUGUGUAUGAGGGGGCACACUGAUAGAUACCACUUCCCAGAUAUCGAGAUGCGAAGCCCGGAGCUGAAGCCCCGGCGAGGUGCAGGCAAGCGAGGGGUUCCUGGCCACAGUGGCAGUCAGCAGCGAGGAGCGCUGGGGGGGAAGGAGGAUGAGAACCAAGCGUGGCUGGCGAUGCUGGAGAAAGCCACAAAUUCAGUUCGCUACAUCAGCCGCCACAUCAAGAAGGAACACUUCAUACGAGAGGUAGUACAAGACUGGAAAUUUGUGGCUCAGGUGUUGGACAGAAUUUUCCUGUGGGCCUUCCUCACAGUGUCAAUACUGGGAACUAUUCUAAUCUUCACUCCAGCUCUGCAGAUGUACCUCAGCACACCUUAAUGAAAACAAACACAAGUCAUGAAACCUCACCAACGGCUCAUUUUUCUUUCCCUGUCAGUAUUUGACUGUGAUUUAUUGAUAAAGUUCAAUAAAUUUCUCAUACUGUGUAUUUCUUUGUAGGACCAAGCUUGGGCUACAAACUUUAACAUCCCAGCAUCAUGGACUGCACCUUAUAAUAACCACAAGAAAAUAACUUUAUUUUCUAAAUUUGACCAGUCUUCACAUUAAUCUGCAUGUACAGGUAUUUAAAAGUGUGACAAUAAUAAUCAGAUUAAAAUAGCACAAAGUAAUCUAACAUUCAUGUUUGUUUGACUGUAACAUUGCAGCUGUAGUUGCAAAAGUAUGCACAUCAUCACUUCAUGAAAAUGAGUUUUAUCUGUCACAUGCACUUUGUUGUCAAAUCGUACUCUGUUGUAUGUUAUGUAAUGAUAUCACAAUAAAAAUAAAUCUGAAAUAAUUUUUUCUUUUCUGUGGAGACUAAUUUGAUGAUGACAACCAAGAAAAAAGCAAGCAGCUAACCAGACAAGCCUUUAAAAAGCCUCUAAGUUUUCCUGCUUCAGUGUUUUGGUCAUACUGUUGGCACCACGUAAGCACAUAUGAAGAAAAGUGGAGGGACUAUAAGGUGUCCCAUGUCUUUAAUACAUACAUCUGCAAGAACUCCUAUAAAACAGCUCAGAGAACACAGUGAAGACCGGUUGUGAAAGGGUCUGCUGUUUUUAUCACAGAACCAAACACAAGAGAACAACCUCAUCACUGGCAUCUCCUCGGGAAGCACAGCAAAGACUGGUCCAGGUUUUAUGAUAACAAAGGAGAUGACUUUCCUUGCCUUUUUUUUAAUCUCAUGUUCGGUUUCCU